UCGGCGGCAGGAGUGAGUCAGUAGCCGUGAUGGAGCCGCGGACGACGCUCCUUCUUGCGAUGGUGCUGCCUAUGGUUUCUAGCAACCCUGGAGGGAGGGAGAUUCUUCGAGGUCCCACGAAGCCUGUAAUCAAGAACUACUUCACAACUGACCGGACGAAAGUGGUGCUGACUUGUGAGCCGGAGCGCUUUUUGGUGCGCAUCAACUUCACACAGCCGUUCCGAGGCGUCGUUCACGCUGGCGACAAACGCGACAACUGCCGCAUCCGGGGCAAUGGGUCACACUUCUACACACUGCCUGUGCCUCUCAAUGACUGCAGCACAGCGCACAACGACGCGACUGGCAGCUUCACGAACAGCCUGACGAUCCGGUUUCACCCGUCACUGGAGCUCGAAGGGGACGAGAUUAAAACUCUAGUCUGCAAAUUCACCACAGGCGACGUGAGCCUGGGGUGAUAGAGGGAAACACUGUUGACGCAUGCGCAGCACUCAGCUCAACACCACGUGGUGCAAAUAGUCUGUCAUGCACUAAGUCACCAUUACUACCCUUUACCAGAAACCUGCUCGAGACACUCCGCUGCUUGAAUAACAAGUUGUCUUAAACAACGCACUUUUUAAGAUGGUUUGCUUCAAGGCAAACAAAUCAAAGCUUGAGAAAUCUGUCACACAAGGUAGCGUGCUGUACAGCAGCGCUAACAAUAAAAAAAUUGAAAGAAUAAAAAAAAACAAAUAAUGCAAUGUGCAACGCCCUGCAACCCAUUAAAUGUGUUUUACAGUCACAUUGUCGUGUAGAACAUAUUGCUAGAAAAACAAAGAAGAUCAUGAUAAGUGAGCAAUAUUUUUCGAGCGUGAAAAUGUGCUGUUCCAAAACUGAUGCCAGAGUUUAAAAUAAGCAGAACAUAUGCUAAAAUGAUGCAAACACAUGCUUAUAGCACUGCGCUGAAACGCGAAUUUAGUAUUUUAUAUUUAUUUUGGAAUCAACAGCUUUGGUUCUUAUUUUUUGGCCUCAAUUUUUACUAACGGCACCUGCGAGUAUGUAUAAUUUGAUAGUGUCACCUUUUCGUUUUUGAUUUUGUUACGAAUGGCAGGAGCUAGUUUUUAUUUUGAGAAGACUCAAAUGUUGACAUGUGCCGUGUAUACCUGCUUCCAUGCACUGCUUGGACGAAUGUUUUCAAGAAUAUUGUCAUUAUCGUGCAUUUUUUCAGUGUAAUAGACUACCGCGAAGAUCAGCAGUUCUUAACAAUUCCUUUUCGUGCUUUUAGCGUUUGGCCAGUGGUCGGAGUGAUCGUCCGCCCACGCCGUGAGCGUAACAUAACGCAUGGCUGCACAACGCGCUUCGUGCAGAUAAUUUUCAACGGCCUUGGUUACAGCUUUAUUGAAGCACGAGUUUGAUUUUUUUACCUAUUUGUGAUUGAUUUCACAUCACGGUUUAUGUCUCUUACUCUGCAAACGUAUGCUUCAAAUUUGUAUUAUGUUCAUUGAGUCCAGUAUAUUGCUGAUUUUUUUUCUCUUUAGCUUGCUUGCUUGUAUUUACCUUGUUUUCCUUUUUUCGUAUAUGUACCAAAGUUAGCUGUGGCUUCUCCACCCUUUUGCUCCUAAUUGAAGAAGCAUUGCCAAAUGAUUGACAAAUAAAAUGAAUGUCUGGAAAACGUUA